UUUCAGAAAGGAACGAUGGUCACAGGGGAGACGAGCAGCAGCCUUGGAUUCGCCAUCGGUCUCAGCGGCGGCGGCGAAGGUCCAGUCCUCACAGCCGCUCAACAACGCCAAGGGGUAGUCACUUUUUUGGUGAUGCUAGCUGUGCUCUGCUUUAUAUUCGCUUAUUGCUGUUGGGGCGCACCGUUCUGCAGAUCAUUGUGCAGACGGCAUUGUUGCUGCCAACUAGAAGAUCCAGAGCCAGAUUCACGAUUUAGCAAUAACGAUCAAACUAUGGUAGCAACACCAACGAUUAUUCUCUUGCCACACGGUAGGAUGCUCGUUGUGGAUGGUACGAUCUUCACGCAGUUUCAAACCGAUCCAACUGGUUUGGAUUUGGUGGAACUAGGUGAUAGCGUACUGCGUGCCCAAAGAAAUCCACGAGGCAUAAUUCGACAUCAGCUGCAAAACAGCCAAGGUAGUAUACUUGAGAUGGAUGCGGAAACGUCAAGCAAAGAUAGCUUAGGAUCCGUUGGGUGUUUUCCACCACCAACUUACGAGAGUAUCUAUGGUAAAGACGAGUCGGAUAUGCCGCCAUCGUAUUCCGAUAUCUUACUACACAGGUUUGCCAAUCUUCCUCGUGAGAUAGAUAUGCACGGUUAUUGUCACGAUGGCAAAGAAGAAAUUGAAAUGCAGAGUUUGGAUGGUUGUCCGCAUAUACUAAGCAAUCCGAUGAAUACAAUAGCAUACCCUUAUGCGACCGUAACAAAUUUCUCGAGUCAAAGCUUCCCACGAAGGACCGUCUCGAGAAAUCCAUCCAUCAUUAGCAAUCCACUCGAUAGCUAUUACGUCGAUAACGAAUUAGAAUUAUACCGAUUGACUCAGGAGAUGGUACCACGAGUAUUUAGUAAUGCGAACUUUGAGACUCUUAGAACUUAUCAAGAUGAAACUUCGUUUUAUAACGUGAACAGAAACGUAAGCGAACGACAAAGCGAUACGUUGUUGAAUAAUGGAAAUUAUUGCUUGUCCGAUAAUAACAUUCGAAACAACGAAAGAGUGGUCCCAAAUAAUACCGAUCAAGUAUCGAGGAAUAUAACGCCGGCAAAUGAGUUAAUGAAUACAAGAAAUCUUGUUCGAAGCAUGUCGAGAAGUAGCGAAGAAAGUAGAAAUAACAUAGAAAAUUCACAGAGAGAUAACCAAGAGACUGGAGUAGUUUUCGUCCGAAUAUCACGUUCCGACGAUUGCAACAAUAGCCACACUUCGCAAAACUGGUAUAACGACGCAAAUGAAAACGAUAGAUCGAGAGCACAAGCAAAUCAGGAAGAUCAAUCUAGUCUAAGAAAUAUACAUUCCGAAAAUGGCCAGACGGAUGAAACCAAUCACAAUAUGGAAUCUAAUCCGAUAGGAUAUUAUAUCAGAAAUCAAAGCACCGAUGAGGCUGUGGGUAGAUCGCACAGGCUAGAAAGCGAGGCUGUUUAUUCUGACGAAGAGACUAGAAAUUUUGGAGCAUUGGCAGACAUUCGCGAAAGUCGGGUAUAACGUGAGAUAUAACACUGGAAAUAUAUGAUAACAAUCGAUAGGAGGUAGAAAACUCUCUGACCAAAGGUGCAUUUGUGGAUAAUUACAUUCUGUAAAAAGCUUAUAAUAAAAGUGGAAACAUAUUCUAUUAAUGUAACAGUUUGUUUUCAUGAAAAUUAAUUACUUUGAAACGUAUCUUAAAUAAUAAAGUUCGCGAUAGUAAGAGCGAUCGAUAUUUAGUAGAGAAAUCUAUUAUACAAUUGAAAUUAAUAUUAUUUAAUUUAUCAGAAUCAAAUAUUUUUUUGUUAGUUCUUAAUCUAAAUGUACUAUGAUGGGUUUUAAGUCUAUUUGUACACAAAAAGAUAAUUAUAACGUUUAAAAAAGCAUGGAAAAAUGUGGACAAAUAAUUCAACUGACCUAAGAGGAUCGCUAAAUUGUUUAAGUCCUGAAAAUAAUUUUAUAUACAAAAAGGUACAAUCAAUUUAAUUAUGGCAUAAUAAUGAGAGGAGAAAGGCGAGGAAAAGUUGGUUCAGUCCGUCCAAGGGUUAAUCUACACACUAGGUUCAGUAAUUGUUAAGUAAAUGACCGUCGUAAAUGAAUUCAAAUAUUUUUUACGCAUUAUUAGUAAUCUAUUCUACAGACUACUUCUUAUAUAUUUGCUUUUUAUAUUAUUUUAGUAUAAAACGCAAUACAGUUAACGAUUUCUGAAAUUGAGACUUAGAUACAACAAGCUCAUAAUUUAUAUUUUUACGUGUCACGAGAAAACAAUGAAUAUAGAAUACAUAAAAGUAAGAUGUGUAUAGAAUAACUGUUGGACACAUGUCCUAUGUACAGGUCCUAUGUACAGAUUAUGUAUAUGUAAAUGUAUCUCCUGAAUUGAGUUUGAACUUACUACUCUAAAAGAAUUGUAGCAUAAAUGCGUAAGAUGCACACUGUUAUUUUACAAAAAUAUACUACGUGGCACUAUUGUCCACGCACGCAUAUUCACAUACAUGUCGUAUUUAUAUGACAUAAACAGGAUACAAUGAAAAUUAAUUUUACAUAGAGUCAUAUAUGCGUUAUAAAUAUACGCUAAGUUACAUGAAAAUUACACACUGAACACAUUAUUACCGUUGUUGCAUAGAUAAAAAAGAUAUCAAAUUAAAGCUACUAAUGAAAUAAAGUAUUUAAUAAAAAAUUGAAA